UAUCCCCUAAUGAUAAUGGCAGAAGAUUUAACCGCACUUUAUAUCGUUUUGUUUCUCUCAGCUGUAGCCAGCUAUGGGCAGCUCAUCCUUGCUGGAAGCGGUGCAUGUGAAGGAGACAGUUGUUAUGCAGGUGACUUGCUUAUAGGUCGUGAAGACAAACUCUUUGCUUCUUCAACUUGUGGUCUGAAUGGGAGGGAACCCUUUUACAUUGUCAGCCAUCUUGAGAACCGCAACCGUGAGAUAUUUCACUGUGACUCCCGGACACCAUGGCAGGAAGGCGUCAACGACCUCAACCAUGAAAUCAAGCAUGUGGUGACAUCGAUGGACAACUCGCAGAAAAAAGUAAGAUGGUGGCAGUCGGAGAACGGCUUAGAACAGGUCUACAUCCAGUUUGACCUGGAAGCAGUCUUUCAUUUCACCCAUCUUAUCAUGACCUUCAAGUCCUUCAGGCCGAAGGCCAUGGUCAUCGAGAGGUCCUCGGACUUUGGACACACGUGGAAGCCGUACAGGUACUUUGCCUAUGACUGUGCAGGAAGUUUCCCUGAAGUGUCCAGAGCACCCAUCAGGAAUAUCAGCCAGGUGAUCUGUGAGAGCAGGUACUCAGCGGUUGAACCAUCUACGGGAGGAGAGGUGAUUUUCCGCGUGCUACCACCCAACAUCCCCAUCGAGGAUCCUUACAGUAGAGAAGUACAGGACAUGAUCAAGGUGACCAACAUCAGAAUCAACAUCACCGAGCUCCAUUUCCUUGGCGAUCACCUGUUCGAUGAUGGCGAUGAAGUCUUCAACAAGUACUACUAUGCCUUGUAUGAGAUGGUUGUCAGGGGUAGCUGUCACUGCUUCAACCAUGCUUCACGCUGUGUACCAGCAGAUGGUAUGGAGUUCAAGCAACAGAUGGUGAACGGACAGUGCGAAUGCAUCCAUAACACAGAAGGAAAGAACUGUGAGCGAUGCGAGCCCUUCUUCAACGACCAGCCAUGGAGACCUGCCGGAUUACGAGGAGAAAAUAACGAGUGCAAAAGAUGUAACUGUAACGACCAUGCAACAAGCUGUCAUUUUGAUGAAGCAGUAUACCGGCUGACGAACGGUGCUAGUGGCGGUGUAUGUGAUAAUUGCUUGCACAAUACCGUCGGUCGUAACUGUGAACAAUGCAAGCCGUUCUUCUUCAUGCAUCCAGAUCGCGACAUCAGGGAUCCAAACAUCUGUGUUCCAUGUAACUGUGAUCCUGCUGGUUCUGAGAAUGGUGGUGAGUGUGCUAGCCACACCCAGGGGGAGAUGGUUGCCGGGAUGUGCCUGUGUAAACGCUACGUGACUGGUCAACGAUGUGACACCUGCCAAGAUGGAUACUGGGAACUCAACGAGGCUAACCCAGAAGGCUGCAGAGAAUGUGCAUGUGACCUUCUUGGUUCUGAGAAUAACAUGGGAUGUGAUAAGUCUACAGGUAACUGCAGAUGUAAGAGAUACGUCACUGGUCAAAACUGUGACAGGUGUUACGAGGGUUAUUAUGGCCUGAGUGCUGAUCUCUAUGGAUGCAAACAAUGCGAGUGCGAUCCAGGCGGUUCGUACAACAACUCGUGCAACCAGGCAUCGGGACAAUGUCCUUGCCGACGUAACAUCGGGGAACGCCAGUGCGGGCAAGUCAACUCCGGCUACUUUUAUGUCAACAUGGACUAUUACACCUACGAAGCGGAGUAUGCACGAGCUGUCGGCGAUCUUUCCUUGGUUGACUACUAUCCACGUAUGAGAGAAAGUGAAUACAUUGGUUGGACUGGACCUGGUUUUAUGAGGGUACACGAAGGAGGGGGCAUUGAGUUUACUGUUAGUAAUCUCCCAAUGUCUGGUAACUACGAUCUCAUCCUCAGAUAUGAACCAUUGCUCCCAGGCGUGUGGGAAGAUGUUAGGAUUACCAUCAAUCGUCCUGGUGACAUCCCAACACAGAGUGUCUGUGGUAACACCAUCCCUCAAGAUGACCUUCUGGUGACAACACUGCCUUCAGGAAGCAGACACGUUGUCCUGAGUAAUCCAGUGUGCCUUGAGACAGGCAAGACGUACACCAUCCGUGUCGACUUCACUCGAUACAGCUCUGAUAACCAGGAUAGCAAUGCACAGAUUCUUCUCGACUCUUUGGUUGUGAUGCCGAGGGCAACCAUCUACCCUAUCUUCCAAGGACCCGACCCAAUCGAGCAGUACCGUCGUGAGCAGUGGGAUUACUACCGAUGCGGAGAGGCACACAUGUCUGCCGUACAUUCACCUUUGUCAGAUAUCUGCAAAGAACUCAUGUUCAGCAUGUCAGCACUCGCCUUUGAUGGCGCACUUCCGUGCCAAUGUGAUCCAACUGGCUCACUCAGCAACAUGUGUGAUGAGACUGGUGGACAGUGCCAGUGCAAACCCAAUGUGAUCGGUCGUACCUGCAACCAGUGUGCUCCUGGAACGUAUGGCUUUGGGCCCGAAGGAUGUACUCCCUGUGACUGUGACGGAACUGGCUCACUGAACGAGUUCUGCAACCAGCUAACGGGCCAGUGCCCCUGCAGACCCAAUACAUACGGACAGCAAUGUAAUGAAUGUCAACCAGGAUUCUGGAACUUCCCCAACUGCCAACGUUGUAAUUGCAAUGGACACGCUGACAUUUGUGAUCCACGUACAGGAGAGUGUAUCGAUUGCCAGAGCAACACCGCUGGGUUUGAAUGUGAAAGUUGCAAGCGUGGUUACUAUGGAGAUCCCACAAGAGGCUCUGCGUUGCCAUGUCAGGCAUGCCUUUGCCCAGGAGGAGCCGGUAGCGGGAAUCAGUUUGCAGAGUCUUGUCAGUUAGACCAGGCUACUCAAACUGUUCAGUGUGAUUGCUUCUCAGGAUACACAGGUAUCCGCUGUGACCAGUGCGACAACAACUACUUUGGCAACCCAACUGAAGCUCGAGGUGUUUGUAACCUUUGCAGCUGUAAUGGUAACACCCUAUCCAGUACACCAGGAAACUGUGACGCCAGGAGUGGCAAGUGCUUGCAAUGUCUCUAUAACACCGAUGGCUUCAACUGUGAACAGUGUGCUCCAGGAUUCUAUGGAGAUGCAAUCCAACGAACAUGCAGAGAUUGCCAGUGUAACGUUCUCGGAACAGACCGCUCACAGUGUGACCUGGAUAAUAACUGUGGUGUUUGUGACCCUGUAAGCGGUCAGUGUCCAUGUCUACCUAAUGUACUCGGUCAGCAGUGUGACCGUUGUGCUCAAGACCAUUGGAAACUGGCUAGUGGCACGGGAUGUGAGGCGUGUAACUGCUGCCCAUAUGGAGCAGUCUCAUCAAGAUGCGAUGAGUUCACCGGUCAGUGUGCCUGUAGGUCUGGCUUUGGUGGAAGGGAAUGCUGUGACUGUGAGGCUAACUUCUGGGGAGAUCCUAGGGAUGGAUGCUAUGAAUGCGACUGUGACGAGCAAGGGUCAGCUACCAGCCAGUGUGAACGGGCUACGGGACAGUGUGUAUGUCUUCCAGGAGUCACAGGGUACAGGUGCGACCAGUGUGCGCGUGGCACCACGGGAGAACUGCCACGCUGUGAACCGUGUGGAGAAUGCUUCGAUGACUGGGAUCUCACCAUCCUCCAUCUCAGAAAUGAGACUUAUGAUCUGAUUGCUCGCGCUCGAAACAUCAAGGUAUCUGGAGUGUCGGGUGUCUAUGAUAGAGAGUUUAGCCGUCUUGAAGGUCUGGUAGAUUACGCUGAAUCUCUGAUCAGAGGAGCACCCUCUGUGACGGAAACGGAUGUAGAUAACAUCCAGAGUGAGCUAGAUGAUAUCAGAGCAACUCUUGAAGAAUACCGUCAGCAAGUACAGGGUCUGGAAGAUAUGCAGAGGCGUACCCGUGGCAACAUCGCUCGCGCAAACCGGGAGCUUGAUCUUCUAGAGAGGGAAGGCGACGAGCUGCAAGCAGAUGCCGAGAGAUUGCAGAGAGAAAGCUAUGAUUUUGGAACAGCAAAUGUAGAAGGUGCCAUGAACAGCAUCCUGCGCAGUCAGAACCUAUCCCGUGCAGCCGAGGGUCGUGUUGAUGACACCCAACCUACGCUAGACCAAUCAGCAGCCGUUCGUCAGGAGGUAGAAGAUCUGAUUGGUGAACGGAACGCAGCCCUUGAGAGUGAGAGGCAGGGAUAUCUAGACAGGUUGGAUGAUGUGGAUAAUCAAUUGACAGGAUUAGAAGGACUUCUUGCAGGGCUCAAUGAAGAGAUCUGUGGCUCACCCGGAGAUUCCUGUGAUAUUUGUGGAGGAGCAGGGUGUGGCCAGUGUGGAGGACUGGGGUGCGGUGGCUCCGUUCAGAAAGCAGAAGAUGCACUCCGACGAGCGACAGAAGCGGAUCAGAAGCUGGACCAGAAAGAAGAGGAGGCUCGUAGCAUGCUGGAUGAGAUGAUGCAAGCCAAGGACCGUACUGGUGAGGCACAGGACUUGGCCCAGCAAGCAUAUGACCAAGCACUCCUAGCUAAACAAGAAGCAGAACAAGGACAGAUCAACAUCAAAGACCUCAUCAACAACAUCACAGACUUCCUUGGACGAUCCAAGUCAGAACCCGAUGAUAUAAGACUUCUUGUGAACGAAACCCUGAACACCAAGAUCUCUCUCUCACCAGAAGAAAUUGAAGACCUUGCCGAGCAGAUUGAAGAUAUCAUUGCAACCUUGGAGAAUAUUGAUGAGAUCAUCGCAGCGACCCGAGAUGACCUCCAACGUGUCAAUGACCUCAAAGCUAGAGCAGAUGCAGCCAGGGAGUAUGCUGAAGGUGUAUUGGAUUCUGCUGAGGAUGUGGUACGUGCUUUGAAUCAAGCAGAGGCUGCGCAGAACAUUGCCGAUAAUGCCAUCAAUAAUGCUACUGAAGACAUCGAGGAUGCAGGAGAUUCUCUUACUUCGAUUGAAUCUGAGGCCCGCGAUGCCAAGGACAAAUCCAACAACCUUCUUGAUAAGAUAGAAGCCAUGAAAGCGCAGUUGGAAGGUGUCCAGCUCAAGGUCACAGAUAACCAGGAGAAGGUCACACAGGCGGUUGACCUGGCAGAGAUGGCCGAGGGUCAGGCUCUAGAUGUUGCAGGCAGAGUUGAGGAGAUGGAGCGAGACUUCAACCAGACAUCCGAUGAGGUCAUGGCUAAGGUCGCAGAGGUCGAAGGGGCCAAAGGUCGUGCAGACACUCUCUUCCUUAAUGUCAUCGCAUUUGAGGAAAAGAUUACUAAAGACUACGAGGAUCUCCAAGAAAUGGAAACUACCUUUAACAACAACAACGCCACACUGCACGACCUUACAGCAGAAAUCGCUGCAUUGAAUAUGAAAAUGAUGCAGAUACUAAUGGAUAUACAAACCAAGGCAGCUUAUUACAGGAGCUGCACUGAGAGUCCUACUGCCCCAUAAAGAAAAAGUAGAUAAUUUCCCAUAAUUGUUCCACUUCUCAACAAAAGUUGUAGAUCAUUGAAGACCAGUUUUUAUGGAAUUAACUUAUCAAAAAGAUAUGGUUUGAUAAGUAGACCUUAGCAUCAUUUCCCCCAAUUACAUUACCUCCUAUUUUUAAUAGUUAAAAUAUACUCAAUACUAUGUAUGAACUCGUAUGUGGGUUAUAGAUAGUCUAGCAAAUAUUUUUGCAUUAAAAGCUGGCUGGAUGUUCUUUCGAAUGAACAUUAGAGUGAUGUCAUCUUGAUUCAACGUGUUCCGAUUCAUUUAAUGAUCUAUUCCAUCUAGCCAUUGAAGGCACCUUGGAAUUGAUUUUUUUUUUUGUAAUUCUUAGUUGAUCUUAACUGUAAACCCACACCUCUACCUUCAUGUACUUAAAGGCUGUCAUAGUGUGCUAUAUCAUUGACUUUGUGCACAAUAAAAUUGUCUAUAUUUGCUGUAGAGGCUACACUGCAUAACUAACGUUUUUUAAAUGAAAUGCUGUAUUUUCAAGUUUAAGUGCCUUUUAUGCUUACAUAAAUGUGGACAUUUUUUAUCAACAUCAGUGUCGGGUGUGUUUGUAUUUUUUACCCCAAAAGUAUUGAGUCUUGCACUUUUCUAUCAAAAGCAAGAUCUGAUUAAUAUAGUAAUGAUUGUUUUAUAUGACAAGAUAUUUUCACUAUGGUGCUCAGUAAGUUAUUUGCAUUUUUACUGGUUGUUGAUGUUAUUAAUAUUCUCAAUUUGUUUACAUUCUCACAACUCAAUUUACAUUUAUUGUGGAGAGUUCAAAAAGAUAUGAUGAGAGAUAGUUUAGUGAUGAAUUGGUUUGUUACGAAAGUGUUUUUUAUUGUAAUAUUGGACAACAUGUUGGUGAGAUAUAUAUCGAGUGUACAGUUGCUUGAUGAAAGUCUCUUCGGCCAAUUUCUGAGCUUCCUCGGAUUUAAAACCAUCAAUUAUUUGACUUCUGCUAGAGUCUUUGAAAUUCAAAUUAAACAUGAUUGGAAUUGGCAAAGGAAUGGAGUAACGUCACUGCCGUAUUUAUUCCCUUUCACCCUAUUUGAUCCAUGAUUCCCGGUUCUAACCCUAGAUUAAUCCGUGGAAGAGAUAUGUCUUGAGAUAACAAAUAACCAUGGUUUCAUUGUAAGUAUAUGUAGUUUAGAAGUUUACUGUACAGAACAAAACAGAAUGGCAAAGUAAGUGUGAAGAAAAAAAAUUGUAAAGCUUUUUAUACAUAAUAAUAACUAUUUAAUCAGUAGAUAUCAAUUCAUAGAUAAGUUUCUAAUUUCUGUACAGAAUUCAAACAGACCAGUCAGUAUAACACAAAAUAACAUUAUUGAAUGUUGUUUGAAAAUGUUUGUGUAUGUAUUAUAUGGUAUAAUGCGAUUGGGUGCUUAUAUGUAGUUUUGUUUAUUUACAACUGUUGGUAUCAUAUCUGUUGUUAUCUAUUUAUGUUUGACUCUAGGAUUAGGUUUUUCCAUGUUUGAGUACUUUCUUUUCUAAUUUUGUCCGUUCUUUAUAUCAGUGCGUGUAAGUAUAGCAUGCCAAACACACCUCUCUCAGCAAUUAAGUAAUCAGGGCUCUCCAGACAAAACUGUCCAUAGAUUCAAUUAGAUUUGACUUCUCACUAGAAGUGGAGUCAUGGCACAUCACCGUCAUCGCAUAAAUUCUCAAGGGAUGACUAAAUCAUGUCACAUCAGAGUCCGAGUCAUAAUUCCAUCUCUAAUAACUGACUUUCAACUCGUGAGUGCUUCUAAGGAUUCAAAGAAAAUACACACUUAUUUAUAAAGCAAAGUCAUGUGCAUUUCUACUGCCUGGUUUGAAUGAUAUUUGUGAAUCCAUUAAAUAUUUCAAUAAAUGUUUACUGAGGAUAAAGUAGCAUUCAAGUAUAAUUAGAAUGGGCUUUCAUACCUACAUGCAGCAAGUAUUUUCAUAACUAUGCAACACUUUUGUUACUUUUUUAACUAGCAAAAUGAGAGGGAAAAAAAUGUAUCUGGCAGAUUUUAAUAAACCCUGUUCAUGUAAAUAAA